UUUGUUCCGGCGAACUGACGAGCUGUAUUUGUUCCGCCCGCUCGCGAGACUAGCUAGGGUUUACACUCCGCUCUCCUCUCCUCCGCCAUCUCCGAGCGAGGUCGAGCGGCGGCGGGUACUGUCUCCCGGCCGGUCGUGCUCAAGGAAGCUGAAUUGAAUUUGUUUGAUGGAGGACCUACAGGAGGCUCUGAUGACAGAGAUUCUCAAGAGGAUCACCACGAUAAGUGAUCUGAAUUCUCUUUCCCUUGUGUCAAAGCAGCUCUGCAAGAUAGAGGGGAAUCAGAGGGGUGCUAUCCGUGUUGGUUCCCGUCUUUGCACUGCUACAGAAGCACUGACAUCAUUGUGCGCCCGCUUCCCAAAUCUGCGAAGAGUGGAAAUCGAUUACUUUGGUUGGAUACCUGGACAUGGAAGGCAGUUGGACAACAAAGGCUUUUCUGUGUUUUCAUCUCACUAUUCCUCACUGAUUGACCUAACCUUAAGCUUCUGCUCAUGCAUCGAUGACUCUGGGCUUGCUUGUUUAGCUUAUUGCAAGACAUUGGUGUCUCUCAGGCUCAACUCCGCACCAAAAAUAACGUCAGUUGGGCUUUUCUCGGUUGCAGUUGGUUGCAGAAGUCUAUCUGCUCUCCACCUUAUUGAUUGCGAGAAAAUCGACACUGUAGAGUGGCUGGAAUACCUUGGUAGGGAUGGAUCGUUGGAAGAGCUUGUAGUGAAGAAUUGCCAAGGAAUCAAUCAUCAUGACUUUCUAAAGUUUGGUUCAGGAUGGAUGAAGCUCCAGAAGUUUGAGUUUGAGAGUAAAAGAGAAAGAUAUGAUCGUCUUCCAGGUGAUGUGGUCUAUGACUCCUCGUACCAUGCUCACAGCACGGAUAUAUAUGAUUUCUGCUGUGAGAGUUUGAAGGAUUUAAGGUUGGCUCAUAUUAAAACUUGGCCAGAAGUAGGUCUUCGUCUUGUCCUAGGGAAGUGUAAAGCAUUGGAGAAGCUUUGCCUUGAGUAUGUUCGUGCCCUAAAUGACAAUGACAUUAUUGCAUUAUCUCGGAGCUGCAGCAACCUUAAAAGCAUCUCACUUUGGCUCAACCUGCAGCGCUACUCUAGUGAUGUCAGCUAUUGUGAGACGAGGACGUCAUUUACUGAUAACAGCCUUUACGCUCUAGCACGAAACUGUCGUAUGCUUCAGAUGGUAGACCUCAGCUUUAUAGGAUGUUCCCGUGACUGGCCAUCAGAAAUAGGAUUCACACAAGAGGGUUUUCUGGUGCUCAUUCAGUCCUGCCCGAUUCGUGUUCUCGUGCUAAACACCGCCAACUUCUUUGAUGACGAGGGGAUGAAGGCCCUCUCAUCCUCACCACAUCUGGAGACACUCGAGCUUAUAUUGUGCCAUGCGGUAACUGAUGCUGGGAUGCACUUCAUUGCGCACACCCCAUGCUUGAGUAAUCUCACACUUCGGUUGUGUCAUAACGUUACUGAUGUGGGAGUGGCUGAACUGGGACAUGCACAUAAGUUAGAAUCUUUGGUUGUCGAGUAUUGUGGUGAGGUCUCUCUGCAAGCUGUGCAGGGUGUUGCCAAGUUAGUUCACUACAGUGACUAUUCAUAUUUCUUUAUGAAGAAAAUUGGUCUUGGCGCCUAUUGAUGAAGUGGUCUCCAAAUUUUCAGUAUGAAUUUGCUGCUGAAGCCAUUAAGUUGUUCAGUGUGGAUCAUCCGACCCAGAUUCACCUCUCUGAACUUUUUGUUGCCCUCUACCUUUACGGCAAUGAUUUUCCUUUAGACAGUCUAUAAUGAUGAAUUCCAGAUGGCAACUAAUUAAUGAAACUUUAGUAGUAGGCACAACUUGUGUAUUAUUGUCAACCGUAAUUCUGGUUCCUUAAUUUCUACCCUCUAUAGCGAAACCGGCAUAAGUAGGCCACAAGAUUCCCUGUUUCUGCUGUGGAGGCACUAUAUGACCUUUUGGUGUUAUUUGUAUUAUUUAAGCAAAUGUCGUGAACCCUUUUUUCAUUGGGUAAGUGAUUUUGAAGACAUAUAUCUGCCUGCUAUGUUCGCGUGCCAAUUUUGGUAUGAAUGAAUGUAGUAAUAAGUCAAGUUU